UUAGAAGUAGAAGAGGCCGGCAGCUGCAUUUCAAAAUCCUCAUCUCUUCUCUAAUUCUCAAUCUCUGAAUUGAGAAUUAGAGAGUUUGAGCUAUAAAAUUUCAGCCGCUUUCUGCUUUGCCUCUGUCCAAGAUUGUCCGACUGUGUUCCAAUGUCGAUGGGAGGCGACACCACUUGGGUUGGAAAGAAACCUCUUAGGCGAAUUGGAGGGAUGUCCGAUGCCCUCUCAAUUGCCGCCGAUCUUGGUUUCUCUGUUGCUCCUCCGCCGUCGCAGGAAGAACUACAGAAUAUAUCUUCUGCUACUGGUGAAAAGGGUGAUGAUCUAAUUCGAGUUUUACGAGAACUUACUGCUGUUCAAAGGAAAAUAGCAGAUCUUCAAGUGGAACUUCAAGGCCGUAAGGAUGACAAGAAUGUAGCUCAUUUGACCCAUGUGAGUGAAAUGGAAAAGAAGAUUGAGACUUUAUCAAGGAUUACUACCAUAUUGAAAGAUGUCAUUCAGAAUAAGGAUCGUAUUAUAGCUCGUCUUCAGCAACCAUAUUCGCUCGAUUGCAUUCCAGUGGAAGCAGAAUUUCAGAAACAAUUUUCGGAGUUAUUAAUGAAGGCUGCUAGUGAUUAUGGAGCUCUAACAGCUUCAGUUGCAGACUUCCAAUGGAGUCAGAACUUUAAGGAGUCGCCUUCAGUGUGGGGGGAAAUGCUUAGGCCUAUCCCUGUUGCUUUAGCUUCUUGUACAAGAUUCUUUGAAGCCAUGAGUGCUAUGAGGGAAUCCUUUGCAACUCUACAAAAUCUCAGAGUAGGUAAUCCCAAUUCAUCUCUCCCUACAACCCCACCCGUCGAUUCGUCCGUUCGAGUGGCGGGCGAUUCCAACUGCAUCACCCCGCCUCCAUGGCGAUCAGAAUCGAGCUUCGAUGAUUUAGCCAUUAGAAGCGUUCAUACGCAAGAAAAUGGACAACAAAAAGCUGAAGAUGAACAAAACGACUCACAUCAAGUCGAUGGCUCAAGCCACCGAAGAUUGUCGUGGCCCCCUUCUAUUAAAAAAAGUGGCAUUUGAUCUCAUUGUAAAGUCGAAUCUAAUGUCUUUUAUGUUUGUUGACGUUGUGGAUCUCUGUUCAUUCAAAGAUUAUCAUUUUACAGAGUGUAAAAUAUUCAUUAGAUUAAUCCCAAGACUAUCGCAUUUUGAAA